AUGGUGCUUGGAACCAUCAAGUGCGUGGUCGUUGGCGACGGUGCGGUCGGAAAGACAUGUCUUCUCAUCAGCUACACAACCAACAAGUUCCCCUCGGAAUAUGUACCUACAGUGUUCGACAACUAUGCUGUCACGGUCAUGAUCGGGGAUGAGCCGUAUACCCUCGGGCUGUUUGAUACUGCCGGGCAAGAAGAUUACGAUCGCCUGCGGCCUCUGUCAUACCCACAGACGGACGUCUUUCUGGUCUGUUUCAGCAUUACAUCACAGGCAUCCUUCGACAACGUCAAGGAUAAAUGGUUUCCCGAGGUUCACCAUCACUGCCCUGGCGUGCCGUGCCUGAUUGUCGGGACCCAGGUAGAUUUACGGGACGACGAGCAGGCGCUCGCGAAGCUUUCAAAAACCAAGGGGCGCAUGAUACGGAAGGAGGACGGCGAGGCCAUGGCCAGGCAGCUUGGGGCCGUCAAGUAUGUCGAGUGCAGUGCCCUGACACAGUACAAGCUCAAGGAUGUCUUCGACGAGGCCAUCGUUGCUGCACUAGAACCGCCGGCGCCGAAGAAGAAGUCCCACAAGUGUUUGGUUCUCUGA